UUAAGUGGAUUGCAGUUUUUAUAUAAAAAGGCGUGGGAAUUUAUUCCAGGUUAGUUUGAAUUAUAAACCUACAACAAAAAGAAGGAGUCCUGAAAAAUAAAAGUUGAUUUAUUUGAAAAUGAAGUGCCAAGUGAUCUUUUUAUUACUUUCUGCAAUUGUUGGUUGUAAAGCAAGUUCGGUUCCCUGCGAAGUACCAUGCACUAAGGAAAUGGUUCCCGUUUGUGGCACUGAUGGAGACAAUUUCGUUGUUUUUAGUAAUGCAUGUUUGAUGAACAAUCAAAAAUGCAAGGAUGGCAAAAGUUGGACCAAAUCUGAUCUCAGAUCGUGCGGUUUGUAUGAUUCUCGUGAUGAAGUUAAAGACGAUUGCCAAGGAGGAUGUCCAGCGCUUGUCUUACCUGUUUGUGGGUAUAAUGGGGAUAAUUUCAAACUUUUCGUAAAUGCCUGCAUGAUGGAGAACUCGCACUGUGCUUUCCCGAAAGAGAAAGCUUACACUUCUGUUCCUCUAAGUAUGUGCCAAACGUCAACUGGUUCAAUUCAGAGCCGGUCUUCAGAUUUGCCGGAAUGUCCUUUAGCGUGUACUGAAAUUUAUACACCAACAUGUGGAUACGAUGGGAACGAGUACAAAGUGUUCGGUAACAAGUGCGCGUUACAAGCUUAUAAUUGUUUAAGAACAGAAAGUUGGCAAACGGUAUCGUUGGAAUUGUGUCCUAAAGAAGCACAACUUUAAAUAAGUGACUAGGGUUAGGUUGGAAAAAAAUUUUUGUAGAAGGAGAUUACUCCUGGUUUUAUAUAAAAAUAUUGGAUCAAAAAACAAUAAAAAGUUGAAAAAUUA